UAGACAUUGUUACUGUGUUGAUAGGACACCAUGAUUCCAUGAAUACAAUGAUGCAAGGGGAAGGAGAAGUGGAAAACAUUCCGCACUGUACGAUGUUGUUCCUUCACCGCCGUCUAUGCACCACCGCCACCAGAACACUGGUCCCAAACCUCUCAAAGGUUCCUUCAAAGUACAAGAACCUUGCUCUCUCUCAAGCCCAGAAGAUCCUCACUGAUUACCUUCAUUCCACAAGGUCCAUCCCUUAUGCCUUUGCUGAUCAGAUUGCUGCUAAUUCUCACACUUCUCUCUCCAACCUCAUUGCAAAGGUGCGAUUUUCAGCUCCGUCUUUCUCCCACACCCUCAACAAGUUCCUCAGGUACAACCCCAUCAAUGAAUUUGAGUUCUUUUUUGAAAGCAUUGGCAUAAAGUAUAGUCAAGUUCCUAACUUGUUGCCACCCCAUAAGUUUUUCUUCUCUGAAGAUGGCUCCAUUUUGGAUGCUGCUUGUGUGCUCUAUGAAUUUGGGUUCCCUUGGGAUAAGCUUGGUUUGCUUUAUGUGGAACGUUGUUCUGUGUUUAGGUGUAAUACUGAUGAGUUGAAGGGCAGGCUGUGUGUGCUGAAAAGUUAUGGUUUUUGCAGUGUUCAGGUCAUUGGGAUAUGUUUGGCUUUCCCUUUUGUUUUUGGUGAGCAGGGAGGAGUGUUGGAAGCUGAGAUUGAUGGGCUACUUGCUGAUCUCAAGUUGGUUUUUCUGGAUUUUGAUUUGGCAGGGUGUGUUGAGGGGAAUGCAGAUUCUUGGUAUGAGGUAUGUAGGAAAAUUCGGGUUUUUUACAAUUCCAAUGGUGAGAAGGGUAAGAUGGGGGAACUCAUUGGAAGGUAUAAGAAUGUGAUUCUUGAGCAUGGAGAAGAGGAGUUGAUGCAGAACGCUGAGUAUUUUUCUAGGUUUGGUGUCAAGAAGGAGGAAGUAGCUCGAUUGAUCCUACAUGACUCGGAAUUGUUGAAUUUUGAUUUCGAAACGCCGGUGAUCAAUGUAUUGAAGCUGUUGAAACACUUUGGCAUGAGCUCCAAGGAUCUUGAGGAUGUCCAGCAAAACUAUGCUCAUGCAUUGGGAACAAUAAAAAUGGUUAAUUUGCCUAAUGUAAUGAGGGCUUUGGGUUUAAGUAAGUGGUUCUUUAAUAGGAUAAAGGAUGGGAAGCAUCAACUCUUACUGACUUAUGUCACAAGCUUUCCCAAUGAAGACCAAGAUAAAGGAUAUCAAGAUGGUUUAAAGGCGAUUCGUGCUUCGAGAACCCGAGUUCACACCAUGAAUAAACUGAAUUUCUUGCAUGCCUUAGGCUUUGGAGAAACUGCUUUGACCAUGGCUGUCCUAACUUACUUGAAUGGGACUAGCAGCGAGUUACAGGAACGAUUCGAUUGCCUUCUUCAUUUAGGGAUUGAAUUCUCAAAGCUCUCCAAGAUAGUUGCAAUUCGACCUAAGGUUCUAAGCCAACACCCGAAAAUCAUUGAGAAAAAGAUUAAGUUCCUCUAUGAGGAAAUGGGAUCCUCUGUGGAGCUUUUGGACACUUUUCCAGCAUUCUUAUGUUUUGACUUGGAAAAGCGCAUUAAACCUAGGUUCAGAUUCUAUAUGUGGAUGAUAGAAAAGGGUUAUUGUGCCAAAAACUUUUCUAUGGCAACCAUGAUUGCGACCAGCGACAAGAACUUUGUUCCUCAUGCUUUUCGUAUCCACCCAGCUGCUCCGAAACAUUGGUUUGAGCAAUUCUAUCUCCGCAAAUUGCCGGAAUGAUGAAUCUGUACAGAUUUUUAAUACUUGGUUAUAAUUCUUCUUCUGGAGUUGAAGACAAAAACAUUUGAGAUAUUGCUAGAAAACUUGUUACAGAGAUGCAUUUCCUUUGCAGUGGCGGUGAGAUAGACAUCAAGAACAACCUGCAAGUAUCUUGCAUAGUUCUUACUGACAUCCUAUCUCGGAUUUGAGAGAAAGAAACCAUGAAUUUUGUGCACCUUUAGUCAUGCUUCUACAAAGUGAUUAUGUUAGAGGGAGCUAUCAAGACUGGGAAUGGCUUCCUAAACCAUGGAUGUUGGUGCUUGUGGAAGGUGUUGGAGUUGAGAUCAAAUCUUUUCUUUUGAUGGUUAUGGCUCCCAAAAGUAAAAGAAACCUUGUAACUGUGAAUCUGUGAUCAUUCCUGAAAGAAAACAAGCUACCAAGUUCUUCACAAAGUGCAAGCAUUGAUAAUUUGAUAUGAUUGCAAGUAACACUAGGUGGAUCAUUAUGAAUUUAUGGGGUAACUAGAUCAAUUGAGCACUUGUAUAAGGGGCAAAGUAAUUGGCCUACAUUCUCAUCAUUAACCAAAUGCUUCAUUAUGAAAGAGAGAAGCAAGAAAUGUAAAUUGAGCAA